AUGGAGAUCAAAGACUUACAGUAUCCUCAGACCUCCUCCCAGUCUCCCCCAACACCCUCCCUCACCCAGGCCUCCUCUGUAGAAAACACCAGCCUGGGGGCUGUGGUCCUGGUCUGUCGGGCCCCUGAGGGCCCUGGAGGGACCCUGUUCAGACUCCACCGGGUUAAAAAGCUGGUGGACACCAUGACUUUCCCCAGUGAGAGACAGGAGGCCCAGUUCACAGUGAGAGUGAGGGAGGAUUCAGCCCGGGAGGUUCUAUACUGCUGCCUGUAUCAGAACAGCCAGGGGAUGUACAGCCCAUACAGCCACUAUCUGACUCUGAAACAACAAGGUGUAGCUUCUCCUAGAGCUCCUCCUCCUCCUCCCCCACCUCUCCUCCCACCCAUCCUCUCAGUUGAUCCCCCAGGUGGUCAGGUGAAGCACGGCCAGACAUUAUCCUUCCACUGCUCCCCCCCUCCUCCUCACUCCCAGCAGAGCCCGAAACCAGAAGCCUUCCUACUGCUGAGGACAGCUAAAGUGACUGGGCACUCCAUGGGGAGCUCCAUGGUCCACCCCCAGGCCUCCCUGGUGUCCCACUCCACAGCCCAGACCGGGGCCUUCCACCUGGGGCCUGUGAGGGGAGGCGAGGGGGGGUCCUACACCUGCCUCUACCAGGUUACAGUGCCUCGUCAGGGACCGGCUAAUUCAACCGCCAGUCAUCCAGUUCUUGUCACGGUCACAGAGCUGUUGCCGGUGCCCUCUCUCUCUCUCCAGAGCCAGGCUGGGGAGUGGGCCUUGGUGUGUACUGGCUCACCUGCCUUCCCUGGUGCCCGCUUCUCUCUAUACCACCUGGGAAGUACCUUCCCUGAUGCCACCCGUAGUGCCCCCGCUACCCGACAUCGUGCCCUUUUUGCUCUCUCAUCCCUGCCUGCCCAGGACGGCCCGUUGUCGGACCAGUACCAGUGCCAAUACAGUUCCCUGCUGGGAGCAGAGUGGAGCCACUCAGAGAGAAGUGCACUGCUGGAUGUGCCUAGAGUCAUAGAAAAGACCACCAUCUCCCCUUCCUCCUCACCAGGUAACUCACGGAACCACUACAAUCAACAAAUCAUUAGACAUAUUAGACACAGUGUGGGCCUGACGAUCUGGUAUUGA